AAGUCUUUAUUAUAUAUGUAUUUUUUAGAGAACGCCCUGAAAAUUGAAAAUUAAAGGCGUUCGAGAAACACACGACAAGAAAACGAAAGGCUCGAGUUCUGCAGAUGUGCUCUGAAAAGCCGUUGGUAUCUCAUCACAGUUACCCUCUUCUACUACUACUACUGGUUUUCAUCAGGCUGCCGAAUAGCAUUUGAAAAGGAGCGAAAGGGGCAACUCAACACCGCCACCGUCGGUCACUGAAACUUUCCAUUUGUGGUUUCUCUCUCUUAUUUGUCUACACUCUUUCUAGGCAAAAAUGGGGAGCGACGGAAAUUUGAAGACGUGGGUAUCUGACAAUUUAAUGUCAUUGUUGGGAUAUUCUCAGUCCACUCUCGUUCAGUAUGUCAUUGGGUUUUCUAAAAAAGCAAAUUCACCGGCAGAUGUGUGGAGCAAGCUUGUAGAGUCUGGAUUACCUUCAUCUAGCGAAACACGUGCUUUUGCUGAAGAAAUCUACAACAGGGUGCCCCAUAAAGCAUCUGGAUUAAGUGUUUAUCAAGCACAGGAGAAAGAAGCGGCAAUGAUUGCGAGGAAGACGUAUGCUCUACUGGAUGCAGAUGACGAAGAUGAUGAUGACAAUCGUGGUGCUGCUAGUGGAGUUGUUUCUGUUGAUUCUGCUAAUGAAAGAGGAGCAACAUUCCGUAACAAAAGGUUUAGGAAGAAGGCUGAUGUUCAAGAUGACGAUGACGAUGCUGAGGACAUAGCACAGAGGGAAAAUCAGAGACUAGUUAAAAGACGAGCAAACUCAGAUGAAGACGAUGAUUCCGAGUCAGAAGAAAUGUUACGUGAUCAGAAAGAGAGAGAGAAACUAGAGAGAAAUCUAAAAGAACGAGAUGCAGCAGCCACCCGCAAGCUAACGGAGCCAAAGUUAUCAAAAAAGGAUGAAGAGGAGGCUAUUCGAAGGUCUAAUGCUUUGGAGGAAGAUGAUCUUGAUACUUUAAGAAAAUUUUCAAGACAAGAAUAUUUGAAGAAAAGAGAACAAAAGAAACUAGAGGAAAUCAGAGAUUAUAUAGAAGAUGAGCAGUAUCUAUUUGACAAUGUGAAGGUGACUGAAGUAGAAAGUCGUGAAUUUAGGUAUAAGAAGGAAAUAUAUGAGCUUGUGAAGAAGCAGUCAGAGACAAUUGAUGAUAUAAACGAGUACAGGAUGCCAGAUGCCUAUGAUGAUCAGGAUGGUGGCGUUAACCAGGAAAAAAGAUUUUCUGUUGCUGUGCAACGCUAUAGAGACCCAACUGCUGGGGACAAAAUGAACCCUUUUGCAGAACAGGAAGCCUGGGAAGAACAUCAAAUUGGCAAGGCAACAUUGAAAUUUGGUUCAAAAAACAAAAAACAAACGACUGAUGACUAUCAGUUUGUGUUUGAGGACCAGAUUGAUUUUAUCAAGGCCUCAGUGAUGGAUGGCGAUGAGUUUACUGUUGAACAUGAUGAUUUACAUGAGAAGUCAAUGGCACAAUCAGCCUUCGAGAAGCUGCAGGAGGAGAGGAAAACUUUGCCCAUGUAUCAAUAUCAUGAUCAGUUGCUCCAAGCUAUUAAUGAUCAUCAGGUUCUAGUCAUUGUUGGUGAAACCGGCUCAGGAAAGACCACACAAAUACCUCAAUAUCUUCAUGAAGCUGGAUACACAAAACGUGGAAAGGUUGGAUGUACACAGCCACGACGAGUUGCUGCUAUGAGUGUUGCUGCCAGGGUUGCUCAAGAAAUGGGUGUUAAACUUGGACAUGAGGUUGGUUAUUCCAUUCGUUUUGAAGAUUGCACAUCUGACAAGACAGUUCUAAAAUAUAUGACAGAUGGAAUGCUGUUGAGGGAAUUUCUUGGAGAACCAGAUCUGGCAAGCUACAGCGUGGUGAUGGUGGAUGAGGCCCAUGAAAGGACACUCUCAACUGAUAUUCUUUUUGGUUUAGUAAAAGAUAUUGCUCGUUUCAGACCAGAUUUAAAGCUACUCAUUUCAAGUGCGACCCUGGAUGCAGAGAAGUUCAGUGAUUAUUUUGAUUCUGCUCCAAUUUUUAAAAUUCCAGGUAGAAGGUAUCCUGUAGAGAUCCAUUAUACAAAAGCACCAGAAGCUGAUUACUUAGAUGCUGCAAUAGUGACUGCACUUCAAAUCCAUGUGACGCAAUCACCGGGGGAUAUAUUGGUGUUUCUUACGGGUCAAGAAGAAAUUGAGACAGCAGAAGAAAUUAUGAAGCAUAGAAUACGGGGUCUUGGUACAAAGAUUGCUGAGUUGAUCAUCUGCCCCAUAUAUGCCAACCUACCAACAGAGCUACAAUCUAAAAUAUUCGAACCAACACCUGAAGGGGCAAGGAAGGUUGUCCUUGCCACAAAUAUAGCUGAGACAUCAUUAACAAUUGAUGGGAUUAAAUAUGUCAUUGACCCAGGUUUUUGCAAGAUGAAGUCUUACAAUCCGAGGACUGGAAUGGAAUCGUUGCUAAUCAGUCCAAUAUCCAAGGCAUCAGCAAAUCAGAGGGCAGGUCGAUCUGGUCGAACAGGCCCAGGAAAGUGCUUCCGAUUAUAUACUGCUUACAACUAUUAUAAUGAUUUAGAUGACAAUACUGUACCAGAAAUUCAACGAACUAAUCUUGCAAAUGUUGUGCUAAUGCUCAAGAGUCUUGGUAUUCAUGACCUGUUACAUUUUGAUUUCAUGGAUCCACCACCUUCUGAAGCACUACUAAAAGCAUUAGAACUGCUUUUUGCCUUGAGUGCUUUAAACAAAGUGGGUGAGCUGACUAAAGUGGGCAGACGGAUGGCAGAAUUUCCUCUUGAUCCCAUGCUGUCAAAAGCAAUUGUUGCUUCAGAGAAGUACAAGUGCUCAGACGAUAUUAUUUCCAUUGCUGCCAUGCUUUCUAUUGGCAAUUCAAUAUUUUACAGACCAAAAGACAAACAAGUCCAUGCUGACAAUGCACGUUUGAAUUUUCAUACUGGGAAUGUUGGAGAUCACCUUGCACUGCUUAAGGUUUACAGUUCGUGGAAAGAAACAAAUUACUCAACGCAAUGGUGUUAUGAAAAUUACAUACAGGUUAGGAGUAUGAAACGUGCAAGAGAUAUUAGAGAUCAACUUGAGGGACUUCUGGAGAGAGUAGAGAUUGAGCUAGUCUCAAAUCCCAAUGAUUUAGAAGCUAUAAAGAAAUCAAUUACAUCUGGUUACUUCCCUCAUUCUGCGAAGCUGCAAAAGAAUGGUUCUUAUCGAACAGUCAAGCAUCCACAAACAGUCCAUAUACACCCCAGCUCAGGGCUUGCCCAGGUGCUUCCAAGGUGGGUUGUAUACCAUGAGUUGGUGCUUACAAGCAAAGAAUAUAUGAGACAGGUUACGGAACUAAAGCCAGAGUGGUUGGUUGAAAUAGCCCCACAUUACUACCAGCUUAAGGAUGUUGAAGACUCGAGUACAAAGAAGAUGCCUCGUGGAGAAGGUCGUGCAUCAUAGGACCAAAAUUCAGGUCACGACUCAGGAACAAGAUUGAACAUAUAGCAAAAAUGACAAUUUUGCUUACACCCGUGUUAUUUUAGUCCUUAUGCUGACUUCUAUCACCACUUGGCAGUAAACACAGAGAAUAUGCACUGAGGCUGUAUACGGUAAAGGCGGUGAAAGCGAUCACAUUGUAUGUACAGCUAGUGGCCGGGAAUGGUUGGGGAUAAAGUUAAUCAAAAAGGUAUAGAAAGUGUACUAUUGUACAUACAAUUUUGUAUAACAGACUAAUUACAAUUUUUGUACAUGCAUCAUCAUAGAGUAACCAUCAUUGUAGGUGCCCCUGUACCGUUCUCUGGCUCCUUUCCCUUUUAUUUAAUUUAACUAAAUUUUGGAUGAUGUAUUACUUAGUUAUGGAAAUUCACUUUGUUUAGUAUGGAAUUUAGUUACUUGAAUCGUAAUAUUGUCUUUUGAACCCAAUUUCAAUACAGGAUUUCAUUUGCUGCGCUAAGUAGCAACUGAUUAGUUUAUUAA